GACAACAACACCAUAGCAGUCUUUCAUCAUCACAUUCAAUUGCUUGAAAAUGCAGUCUGCUCUCCUGUUGCUCGCCGCCGCUGGUGCUGCUGUGGCCCAGUUGGCUACCGUCAAGGAGCCAUCUCGCGCUGACAUUGCUGCUGCCGCCGCCACUGUCGUCCCUUCGUCCCCAGUUUCCAACGUUGAGGGUCUUGCUUUCAAGCGUUUCUAUCAGGUCUGGUUGGAGAACAUUGACUACAGCAAUGCUUCCGCCGACGCCAACCAGAAGUACUUGGCCUCCAAGGGUAUCACCUUGACAAACUUCUGGGCCCUCGCUCACCCCUCAGAGCCCAACUACGCUGCCGCUGCUGCUGGUGAUAUGUUUGCUAUGGAUACCGACGACUUCAUUCAGAUCCCUCAGAACAUCUCCACCGUCGUCGAUCUCUUGGACACCAAGGGCAUUUCUUGGGGUGAAUACCAGGAACACUUGCCUUAUGCUGGUUUCCAGGGCUUCAACUACUCCGACACCGCUGCCAACGACUACGUUCGCAAGCACAACCCUCUUAUCCUCUAUGACUCUGUUGCCGGAAAUGCUUCCCGUGCUGCUCAAAUCAAGAACUUCUCGAGCUUGUGGUCUGAUAUUGCUAGCAACACCGUCCCUCAGUGGGGUUUCAUUACUCCUAACAUGACUAACGAUGCCCAUGACACCAACAUCACCUUCGCUUCUGUCUGGGAGCGCGCCUUCGUUGAGAAACUCGAGAACAGCACUGCAUUCUGGAACGAGACCCUCAUCUUGCUCACCUUUGAUGAGUCUGGUCACUACCCUAUCCAGAACAAGGUGUUCUCCGUCCUCCUUGGUGGUGCUGUCCCCAAGGAGUUGGUCGGCACUACUGACGACACCUUCUACACCCACUACUCUACCUUGUCCACCGUUCAGGCUAACUGGGGUCUUCCUUCCCUCGGUCGCUGGGACUGCCAUGCCAACAUCUUCCAGAUUGUCUCCAACAAGACUGGAUACACCAACUAUAAGGUCGACACUACCAACUUGUACUUGAACUCCAGCUUCUACGGUCCUCUGUCCACCAAUACUUACUCCAACUACUCUUCCGUCUGGCCUGUCCCUCUCACCAACAACGACUCUUGCGCUGCUGGUCACGGCAUCCUUCCUUCCGUCAAGUCUACCUGGGGUGGUAAGGCUCCUACCUACAACUACUCCAGCCCCUUCCCAUUCGACACCCAGUCUCACAAGGACAUUAACGUUGCUUUCUCCCGCAACGGCUCUACCUGGGUCUCUGGUGUCAACAACACCAUCUUGGCCGGUGUCACCUCCAAUUCUACCUCCUCUAACUCCACUGGUUCCAGCACUAGCUCUUCUUCCACUCCCACCCAUACUGGAGCUGCCUCUGUGAACGGUGCUUCUGGUGUCCUGGCUCUUGCUGCCGGUGUUGCUUUUGCCUUCGCCUUGUAAAUUAUAUUAUGAUGAACCAGGACAAGCAUUAGGCUUGCCGAACGCUUGUAUCACAGCUUUUCGAUGCCGAGAAUGUUUUAAUAAAAUGGUCCUUACUUUU